UCGCCGUCAGCGGCGCGUUAUUUAUGACGUCGAAGCGUAUUCUGUCUGUACCAUGCGCCGCUGUUUAUUAAAUUGUUUUGACGAUAACAUUGUGCGUUUAUGUCUUUUUUCACAUUAAAUGUUUUGAUAAUUUAGUUCUGCUAUGAUGGAAGGUUUAUCAGAGGAGUUGAGAACAUUUCUACAGACUCAUCCUUUCCUUCAGCUCAAUGACUCCAAGAAGAUCAUAUGCACACUGAACGGCCACGAGUUUCCCUGCAGCCUCGAUGAACUGCAGCAUUUCACCUCAGGAAAGAAAUAUAAGCAGCUGUCCGCAGAAGCACAGUUCGACUACAGUCAGUAUGAGCCUCAUAUAGUCAGCAGCACUAAACAACCCAAUCAUCUCUUCUGCAAGCUCACCUUACGUCACAUCAAUCGUGUGCCGCAGCAUGUUCUCCGCCACGUCAGUGGGCAAAAAUACAAGAAAGCUUUAGGGGAAUAUAAGGAGUGUGUUCGGCAGGGUGUGGAGUUUGUCCCGGCGCGUCUCCGACAGAAAAAGAGACCCAAAGAGCAUGAUGACGUGACCGCGAGUGAUAAUAGAGUGAAGAGGAAGGAGGACAGUGGAAUAUGCGAUCCGAGCUUAAGUGAAGAGGAGAAGAAUGAUUCAGAAGACAGCAUGUCAGACCUUUAUCCAUCCACUUUGUUUACUUUAAAGCCAGCAGAUGAUGAAGAGGGUAUGAAAAUUGCUGAGGAAGAUGAUUUCAAGACUGAUGAUGAUGAAGUUACUGAAAUGGAAGUAGAGAACCGGAUGCCGAAACGCAAAAAGGUGCAGUCUGGUGCAUCUACCAAGAAAUUUACGAAGAACAAAAGAAUAAAAGGUUUUAGGUGUGUCGGCAAAGUUAAUGGAAAAUGAUAAUAAAUUUUCGAUCUUGUUGCAAAAGUC